CUUUUGUUCAUCUUUGACGGCCUGGAUGAAAGCAGACUUUCAUUGGAUUUCACCAACAGGAAGCUGCUGUCUGAUGUCACACAGAAGUCAUCAGUCAGCCAGCUGCUGACAAACCUCAUCCAGGGGAAUCUGCUUCCCUCGGCUCUCGUCUGGAUAACUUCCCGACCCGCAGCAGCCAAUCAGAUCCCUCCUACAUGUGUUGACAGGCUAACAGAAGUACGAGGCUUCACUGACGCCCAGAAGGAGGAGUACUUCAGGAGGAGAUUCAGUGAUGAAGAGCUGUCCAGCAGAAUCAUCUCCCACAUGAAGACAUCCAGGAGCCUCCACAUCAUGUGUAGUAUCCCAGUCUUCUGCUGGAUCACUGCUACAGUUCUGGAGCACAUGUUGACUACAGAGCAGAGAGGAGAGCUGCCCAAGACCCUGACUGACAUGUACUCACACUUCCUGCUGGUUCAGACAAAGAAGAAGAAGAACAAGUACCAUGAGGGACGUGAGACGAGUCCACAGGAGCUGACGGAGGCUGACAGGGAAGUUCUUCUGAAGCUGGGGAGGCUGGCGUUUGAACAUCUGGAGAAAGGAAACAUCAUGUUCUACCAAGAAGACCUGGAGCAGUGUGGUCUGGAUGUGACAGAGGCCUCAGUGUACUCAGGAGUUUGUACAGAGAUCUUCAAAAGAGAGUGUGUGAUCUUCCAGAAACCAGUCUACUGUUUUGUUCAUCUGAGCAUUCAGGAGUUUCUGGCUGCAGUCUACAUGUUCCACUGUCACACCAGCAGGAAGACAAAGGUGCUGAAGAACUUCUUGGGACAAAAAUACAACAAGUCCUCUCUGGAUGAUUUCCUUAAACGAGCCAUGGAGAAAUCCCUCCAGAGUAAAAAUGGCCACCUGGACCUGUUUGUUCGCUUCCUUCAUGGCCUCUGUCUGGAGUCCAACCAGAGACUCUUAGGAGGUCUGCUGGGUCAGACAGAGAUCAGUCCAGGAACCAUCCAGAGAGUCAUCAACAACCUGAAGAAGAUGAACAGUGAUGAAGUCUCUCCUGACAGAAGCAUCAACAUCUUCCACUGUCUGAUGGAGAUGAACCACCUCUCAUUAUAUCAGGAGAUCCAAGAGUUCCUGAAGUCAGAGAACAGAUCAGAGAAGGAACUCUCUGAGAUCCAGUGCUCAGCUCUGGCCUUCAUGCUGCAGAUGUCAGAGGAGGUUCUGGAUGAGUUGGACCUGCAGAAAUACAACACAUCAGAACGGGGACGACAGAGACUGAUUCCAGCUGUGAGGAACUGCAGAAAGGCUGGACUGAUUCAAUGUGGACUCUCAGAGACUCACUGUGAAGUUGUAGCCUCAGCUCUGAAGUCCAACCCCUCCCAUCUGACAGAGCUGGAUAUGAGUUGGAACAAGCUGCAGCAUUCAGGUGUGAAGCUUCUGUGUGCUGGACUGGAGAGUCCAAACUGUCGACUGGAGACUCUGAGAUUGUGGGGCUGUGGCUUGUCAGAGAUCAGCUGUGAUUAUCUGGCAGCAGCACUGAAGUCCAACCCCUCCCAUCUGAGACAGCUGGACCUGUACAACAACAAGCUUCAGGAUUCAGGAGUGAAGCAUCUAUUGAGUCUCUGUGGUUUGUCAGAGAUCAGCUGUGAUUAUCUGGCAGCAGCACUGAAGUCCAACCCCUCCCAUCUGAGAGAGCUGGAGCUGAGAGGAAACAACCUGAAGGAUCCAGAUGUGAACCAGCUGUCUGAUCUUCAGCAGAGUCCAGACUACAGACUGGAGAAUCUGGUGCUGUCAGGCUGCCUGGUCACAGAGGAAGGUUGCAAGUCUCUGGUCUCAGCUUUUAGCUCCAGUUCUUCCCAUCUGAAAGAGCUGGACCUGAGCUACAAUAACCCAGGAGAGGCAGGAGUGAAGAUGCUUGAGCAGCUAAGACUGGACACUCUGAGAGAUCCACAGGUCCACUGGCACCUGGUCCUAACUUCACCCAUGUCUGCACCCUCAGACAUCCCACUGUGGAGGCAUCCUCACGUGGACCAGUGGCUGCCCUUGUGA